AUGAACAGAUCUGGAGAUGGUCAUGAGGACAGAUUAAUGAUACUCAGCAUCUUCGAUCCUCAAUUCGAUCGUCAGCCUUCAAGCAGUCGAGAAAAGAAUCCAAAAUUGCUUCCACGUCCGAUUAGUAGUUUAAAGCAUCUAGGGUUGCUUGGUUUUCAAGUUGGUGCUUUAGAACAACUUCCAUUUGAAUAUAUGUUGCUGGGUUUUGCUGAUUUUCUGCAAGAGAUGUCAUCUUUAAUGGAAAACGUAAAGAAAGAGGUGAACAGCUACUCUUUGAUUUCAAGAAAUCCAAAUUUGACUUGUAUUACUACCAUCGGAUUUAAAUCUAACAUGCGGAAAAUUAUUGGAUUUGACAGGAGAAAAACUAUAGUUUUGGGGAACUAUGAACGCUUCUUAGACGUGAGGCUUACUAGAGAUAACAACAUAACGACUGGAAAGAUCUAUCAGCUACAAUUUGUGUUGUAUCAAGCAAGGAGAGCUCUUGAGGCUCUUAAAGGAGUUCUGAAGCUACAAGCCUUGGUGAGAGGACACAAUGUAAGGAGGAGGACAAAGAUGACACUCAAGUGUAUGCAAGCACUGGUUCGUGUCCAAGCUCGAGUUUGUGACCAACGCAAAAAGAUUUCAAAUGAAGGAAGCUUCGACUCCAACAUCUUUUAG